CUCUCUUCCAUGAUCUCCGCAGGAUGCACGUUCUCUUUACAAACCAACUCGUGUUCUAGCUCUGCUUGUUACCAGGAUGUCUUCACCACCUGAAACACCCUCUGGCGUAAACGCAACCGUACGAAUAGCGACUCAGGAUGAUGUCGAAGUAGCUGCUACGGUAUUGAUGCGCGCAUUUUCGAACGAUCCAGCCAUGAACUGGUGGGGAUGUGUUAAAAGAGAAGACGAAGUAACGGACUAUAAUUCACCAAGUUGUCCAAUGGUGCAGACAAUGGAACGUCUUCGGAAAUUUCAGCGCUGCCUUGUCAAGAUUACCAUGCUUGUUGGCGGCAUCGUUACGCUCGCUGUAGUACCGUCGAGUAACGAGAAGGGGGAGCGCGUUGUUGCAGUUUCCCUUUGGUUGAAACCGGGACAAACAUUUGAUCUACCCCUGGGUACGCUGCUCAGGGCCGGAGCCUGGUCCGUUGCGAUAGGUUGGGGCAUACGCGGUCUCAAACGUCUCUUUGUGGACUUUACGCCUCACGUAGAGGACACUCUCCUAAAAGCGUACAAAGCACGAAACAUUGAUCGUCUAGAUUCGUGGCACUUGCUUGAGGUCGUCGUAGAUCCAGACUGGCAGAGAAAAGGCAUGUCAUCUCUUCUCAUGAAAGAAGGAUUCGCACGCACUUCACCAAAAUCCGUCCAUCUCGAAGCGACAACCGUGAAGAAUAGAGAUAUAUACGCUCAUUUUGGGUUCGAGAUCGAUGAGGAACAUUUAUUUGGAAAAGGCCAGGUCGAUCGUAAAGGGCUGGCAGCCAAAGGUGCAGCGGCCACUGGUUAUCCAGAAUGGGUGAUGACAAAGUGGGAAACAUAGGUACAUAGUUUUUCGCGUACUCGAGUUCGCUCCAACGCUUGUUUAUCCAGCAUGCCGUAAUGUUUUGCCUUGGACUUGGAGGGGUGGGUGCGCUCGCAUCAACGACUAUGAAUCUUCCAUCAUUGUUGUGUUGUCUUCGAGAUUGAACGAUAUUCUUGCUACGCAUUAGUUCUUCAACCCUGCAUCAUACAUCACGCAUCAUGUUCCAUUGAUCAUGUAUCAACAGCAGGUUGCAGCUUCGAAUU